CCUGGGAGGGUCGGUUCUGCUCCCCGGGAUAUCUCGGUGCCCAGGAAGGGUCGGUAUCGGUUCCCGCGGUGCCCGGUCCGUUCCCGUGGUCCCCGGUGCUGUGUCCCCUACCCCAUCCUCUUCCCUUCUCUCCUCUCCUUGUCCCUUCGGUGCUGUUCCCCCGUCCUCUGUUGCUGUCCCCCCAAACCCGCCUCUCCCCGGGUUUUUUCUGCCCUCGCUUCUCCUGUUUUCUGGGAGAACGUGACCAUUUUGUUAAAAACAUCUUUCUGGUGUCCUUGACAGCUCCUGCCCGUUCGGUAAACAUUUUUACGGCGUGAAAGAUGCGUGUGAGCCCCAUUAGGCACAGCGGCUGCACUGUGGUUAACCCGCCUCAUUAGCUGCUGCCCGGGAGAUCAGCCCCGAGGCUUAAUUACCGGUGAUGGUACCGAGAGAUCAGCCCGGAGGCUUAAUUACCGGUGAUGGCACCGGACUGAUGGGCAUGCAUGGGCUUCCUACAUGACCAACUCCCCAACGCUGAUCGUGAUGAUCGGGCUGCCCGCCCGCGGCAAGACCUACGUGUCCAAGAAGCUCACCCGAUACCUCAACUGGAUCGGGGUGCCCACCAAAGUGUUUAACUUGGGGGUGUAUCGCCGGGAAGCGGUGAAGUCUUACAAGUCCUACGACUUCUUCAGGCAUGAUAACAAAGAAGCCAUGGAAAUCCGCAAACAAUGUGCCUUGGUGGCUCUAGAAGAUGUGAAGGCUUAUCUCCUGGAGGAGUGUGGGCAGAUAGCUGUGUUUGAUGCGACCAACACAACUCGAGAAAGGCGGGACCUGAUCUUAAAUUUUGCUAAAGAAAACUCUUUCAAGGUGUUUUUUGUGGAGUCUGUCUGUGAUGAUCCAGAAGUCAUUGCUGCCAAUAUCCUGGAGGUGAAAGUUUCCAGCCCUGACUACCCGGAGAGAAACAGGGAGAACGUGAUGGAUGAUUUCCUGAAGAGGAUUGAGUGCUACAAGGUCACUUACCAGCCUCUUGAUCCCGAUGCCUAUGACAAAGAUCUUUCCUUCAUUAAAGUGAUCAAUGUGGGCCAGCGGUUCCUAGUAAACAGAGUCCAAGAUUACAUCCAGAGUAAAAUCGUCUAUUACCUAAUGAACAUUCAUGUCCAGCCACGUACCAUCUACCUUUGCCGACAUGGUGAGAGUGAAUAUAAUCUUGUUGGCAAGAUUGGUGGGGAUUCUGGUCUGUCACCACGUGGGAAGCAGUUUGCUCAGGCCCUGAAGAAGUUCAUCGAAGAGCAGGAAAUUGUGGACCUGAAGGUGUGGACGAGCCAGCUGAAAAGGACAAUCCAGACAGCUGAGUCCCUGGGGGUCACGUACGAGCAGUGGAAGAUUCUCAACGAGAUUGAUGCUGGGGUGUGUGAAGAAAUGACCUACGCAGAAAUUGAAGCCAAGUAUCCAGAGGAGUUUGCCUUGAGGGACCAAGAGAAAUAUCUUUAUCGCUACCCUGGAGGAGAGUCCUACCAGGACUUGGUCCAGCGCCUGGAGCCUGUAAUUAUGGAGCUGGAACGACAGGGAAACAUCCUCGUCAUCUCCCACCAAGCAGUUAUGAGGUGUCUCUUGGCUUAUUUUCUUGACAAGAAUGCAGAUGAGCUGCCCUACCUGCGCUGCCCCCUCCACACCAUCCUCAAGCUCACUCCUGUUGCCUAUGGUUGUAAAGUGGAGACGAUCACCCUGAACGUGGAGGCAGUGAACACUCACCGUGACAAACCCUCUCUGAACUCAGACAACCCUCCCACCAGCCAAGCCCCUGUAAGGAUGAGAAGAAACAGCUUUACGCCGCGGGCCAGCGCGGACACCGUAAAGCGCCCACGACAUUACAGCCUUGGGAGCAAACCUCUGGACCCACUGGCACCUUUCCUGUCCCUGGAACCUGGAGAUGGGGCCAACGGGCCACAGCUGCAAGUUGGUGUCCAGCCUCAAGGGGGAAAUGCUUGCCUAGGAUUGCAGCUUUAACCAUCUAGAGACUUGUGCUCUCCCCUGGGACUCGGCUGGAAUUUCCCUGGCUGGGAAGAGCCCUGUGGAUGGGACUGGAGCAGCCCAGUGAGCUGUGCAUCCCCUGGCCAGUACUCUCUUCUGAAACGUGGUUUUGUUGUUGUUGUUUUUCAGAGCCUGUCUGUGUCUUCUCUUGCUGACUGCUGAAAUGGCUGUCAAUGAGAUCAGAGAAAACUUACUAGGGAGAUUUGGUUUUGGGGGUUUUUUUCUUUUUUUUUUUCAACCUGCUUUUAGUACGUGUGAGCUGGUGUAUCCCUGGGCUUUCUGAGGCAUUGAUGUGUGUCUGUCUUAGGUGGUAAAAUUAACUGCAGUGAGUGCAUGUGAGGACAAAAUGGUCAUUUCCAUACUCACUGAAGCAGCUUUUCUUUGGGAAAGGUGUUAUCAGACCAAAUCCCUAAGUCUUGAUUUAACAUUUCCAAGUUCAGAUGCAGUUAUUGUGUUAUUUAAGGGAAUAAGAGCUCCCAGGCUGGGAUCAGCAUAGCUGCCAGUGCAUUGAAUCUGGAUUCAGUCCUGCCUUAGCUUUGCACCCUGGUCUAAGCCUCAUCCCCACACUCAUUUUUGCUGGCUUUUUGUGGAUGCUUUUUCCUAUGACAACAGAAAAUCAGAGCAUUGCUUCACUCAGUGUCUGGGAGCAGCCUGUGCAGGGUUUGCAAACUGCAGAGGAUUUUUACCAGUUGUCUUCUAAAUGUCCCAAAUUUUAGGUCCCUGAUGAGUUUUCAAACUUGCCUGUGAAUAAGCUGUGAAUGUUACCCAUGUAUAAUGCUGCCUUUAAGGGGGUUUAAGAUGCUUUGGUGUUUAGUGCAGCUUCCUGUGGUGCAGCUGGUGUGAUGGCUGAGUUGUAUUCAACCCCUUGCCAAGGAGGGGGGAAACAUUACCCCAGAUUACCCCAGGUCUGCAGUUUUCUCCCCUGGGUCAUGACCUUGUGUUUUGCCCAACUCCAUUUUACCACACUCCUCCUUCUCCUCUUGCACUAAGGGGCAAAACCCUCAGGCUGGGUGAAGAAAUAUGGAAGAAGCUGUUCUGGACCUAUUGUGGCUCCAGGAUUUAUAUGAGCAACCUCUGGGACCCAAGUUGCUUCUUUGAAAUGUGCAAAUAAAUCCUGGCUGUGCCCUCAGCAGGGACCUGUCCUGGAGAAACAUCAAUGCCCUGCCUACAGAGGAGCUCAGCAGCCCGAAGCCUGAGGUUUCCUUGGGGAUUUUGGGCUCAAACCCAGUUGUUUUAGACACUCCCAGAGCUUUAAUUUGAUGAAGAGGUCUGUGGCAAAAGCCCAGGCUCUAAUCCGAAGCCUUUAGGAUUUAUGCAGAGCAGAAACCUGUGCUGAUCCAAAGAGGUUGUGCCACGGAGGGAGGAAAUUCAGUGGGUGAGAAACUGAGUUUAUUGGGUUUGUUUCCCACCAGGGAGUAGACUUCCAGCCUUCUGCAGGAGCAGCACCAUCAGUGCUUUGGGUUUAAAUAUUUCAGUGCUUAGAAAUAAGCCAAGGGGAAAAAAAAAAAAAAAGGAAGAAAAAGGUAAUGUUGAAGGCAGGGAUCUGGUGCAUGGUGAUAGUGGCACUCUCUAGCAAUGCUCUGAACACACAAACCUGCAGCACAGCGGGCUGGCUGCUCCUGCCAAGAAACCUCUUCUGUGGGGAAAGAGGAGUGGAAAUGUCCUGUAGGAUGUUUACGCACAAUAAGCUCUAAGAAGGAGUUAAUUACUCCUUGCCAAGGAGUUAGUUAAUGUCUGUAUCAUUGCAUAGCUAAUGGCUGUAAGGAGAUGAAUAUAGAUUUAUAUAUGUGUGUGUGUUUUUACUUGCCAGGAUUCAUGAAUGUAGCUGCUAACCUGUUGGCAGUUGUAACUUUUAAAUCUCUGCUCCCCAUCAGGUCUGUGGCCCUGGGUCCCUUAUUCCUGCCCAGUGGGUCCCAGUUUCUGCUGGGUGCUGGGAGGGAGCCUGCCUGCAGAAGGCAGCACUUUGUGCCUGGGUUCUUUAAUUAGAGCCUAAUUAGAGUCCUUUCCCCCUGCAUUUUGACUGCCAGGAGGUGUACAAAUAUAUGUGCCUAGAGUGGAGCAGCAGCAUCAUUGCCCUGUGGGUUGAUUGUACCUGGUGGGAUGGGUCCUGGGGUCCUGCCCAGCCCUCAGGACAGCCAGGCUGGGGUGAUGAGCCCACACAUCUCCCCAGCCCCACACAUGUCCCCUUGCCAGGCAUUUCCUUGAAAUCACCU